AUGGAGGGUGGGUUCAACAAGGCCUUACUAAUGACUGCGGAGAAUGGGAAAGAAGUUAUCGCAAAGUUACCGUGUCCCAAGGUUGUGCCCCCGCAAUAUAGCACCGCAUCUGAAGCAGCUGUUUUGGAAUAUGUGAGGUCUCAUACCUCUGUUCCAGUGUGCAAGGUUCUUGGGUGGAGCUCUGACUCUUCAAAUCCAGUUGGUUCCGAGUAUAUCCUAAUGGAGAAAGCUCACGGGAAGCAGUUGGUCGAAGUAUGGGGCGAAAUGAAUCAGCUGCAGCAGUUCCGGCUCGUUCAAUGCCUGGUCCGGCUUGAAAGUCAGUUGGCAGCGUUGGAGUUUCCGGCUUAUGGAAACCUGUAUUUUCGGCCUCCGGAUCCCCAGGGCUCGGUCAGAGCUGUUCCAAUAGACGACAAAUUCUGUGUUGGCCCGGCAUAUAGUGCAUCGUGGUUUCCGCAGCCGGGCGAGGAACGUCAUGCAGGCCCAUGGCAGUGCCUUACAGACCUUGGACUUGGGUUGACCAGUCGGGGUCUUGCGCACCUGCAACAUUCGUCGCUUGCUCCUCGUAGACCCCAUUUCGGCACCAAAUCUGAGCACCUCGAGAUCUUGACAAAGGUUAGGGAGACAAUGCUACAUUUGGGGGGUUUCGCCCCACUGCAGAAGUUUUCUAAGCCUACGCUGUGGCAUAGCGACCUUCACCUGGGCAAUAUAUACGUUUCCGAGGAGGAUCCAACAGCUAUCGUCAACAUAAUCGAUUGGCAGUUCACCUCGAUUAUGCCCGCUUUCAUGCAAGUUCAGUGGCCUUCUUUUCUUGCCCCACCUGAUGGCUAUGAAGCUGGUACCGUCAAACCGGGACUACCUCCAAAUUUUGAAGAAAUGGACGCCGAUGAGAAAGCAUUUGCUAUCACCGAGAGAGAUCGAGCUUUACUCUCGAAAUGCUACGAAGCAGCUCUGGUCAAGAGCCACAUACUAUCGUACUUGGCUAUGACUCGAGUUGACUCCGCUGUUCGAUACCUUUUCUCAUUCGCAGAAGACACGACAAAGGAUGGGAUUGUUCCGCUUCGUGAUUGCUUAACCCAAGUCGCUGAACACUGGGACGAAAUGGGUAUCACUGAGCAGUGUCCUUAUCACAUUACGGAUGAAGCAUUAUCAAAGCAUAGAUCAGAGCUAGCACGGUACAAUGAUUGGCAGACACUCAAAGGCUAUACACAGGAACUGUUGCACUCAGACGAUGAGGGCUGGGUUUCCCCCCAACUCGAUUUUGAAAAGGUCCAGGCAAGACAUGCUGAACUCUUUCAACUAUACAUGGAGAGAGAAACCCAAGAUAUGACUGAGGAAGAGGCAAAAAGGCUUUGGUUUUACAUAGAACAUUCCUAA